GAGGCCCAACACUUUACCACGUAGGGGAGGGGAAGUAGAGGGCAGCUGUCCCCGCUUGAUUGAUUGACUGAAAAGGGGAGGAAUUUAGGAUCAACCGGGCUAGCAAUCCAAUACUUAAUUUCUUUGCUGCCCAAUUAUUUCAUAUAGCUGACAAGAAAUAUAAUUUAAUUUUAAAUGCAUACUGUUAAGCGACCGACGCUGUCUUAUUAUUUGGUAAAAUGGCUUACUUCGUAUCAAUCCGCAGGAGGGUCUUUUUCUGUACCUGGCUAGAUUGGUUAGCUAGCUUGUUUUUUUGGCCGCGAUUACCUUCGCUAAAUAUGGCGCUUUGCGUUUUGGUUGCACUACCAACACGAAUACACUUUGAAGUUAAUACUUAGCUACGUCAAAGACGUUAGCUCGGCCAUAUGGUUGCUUAUUUGACUGAAGCCUAGGUUGGCUUCGUGAACUAGCGCAAAUGUGUCGUUUACGUUACUGGAUAAUUGUUAGCUGUACGAAAACGACCGUUUUUCCAGUCGGGCUGCUUUGUUUACGAGUAACGUUAGUCGGGUUAUAGGAGAGUAGGCUAAUAUUAGCCCAAAGGAUUUAUUUCACUUUAAUGUCCCCUUGCCGCCACGGUUGCCACAGCUAACACGAGCUAAAGGCUAAAUCGUGGUGGGUGUGUUAACAUCAAUUGCAAGACACGCUAAGAUAUAACAUCAGCAUUAUUAUUUGUACAACACCCCUUAGGUUCAUGAUACCAGCCUCUCCUUGGCUUUUAGAGGUGAGCUGGAUAAGCUAUAUGCAAAGAAGAGUAACGUUGGACCCCGUAGUGUGCUUUCGCUACUAGCACGUUGGCCACCAGUCCCUGCACUCUAUAAUGCCCCAGUGUUUGCAGCAUCUGCAGUGAACGUGAUGGCAGCCCACUCAGUCUCCAUAGAUAAGUACCCAAAGGGAGAGCAGCAGAUGCAAGGCAUCAUAAAGGUAGACAGUGAUUCGGAGCAGAAGUUUAUGGAGGGUACGUUGGGAGAGGUGCCCAGCCCGGCACCAACAGAGCCACAGACACCCAUGGACGCUGACAAGGCAUCCAUAUAUCGGCAUCCUCUGUUCCCUCUGUUGGCCCUGCUGUUUGAGAAGUGUGAGCAGUCCACGCUGAGCUCUGAUUGCAUCACCUCAGCGAGCUUUGAUGUGGACAUUGAGAAUUUUGUCCGUAAUCAAGAGAAGGAGGGGAAGCCUUUCUUCAGUGAAGACCCUGAACUUGACAACUUGAUGGUGAAAGCCAUCCAGGUGCUGCGGAUCCACCUGCUGGAGCUGGAGAAGGUGAGCGACCUGUGCAAGGACUUUUGCAGUCGCUACAUCGCCUGCCUCAAGACUAAGAUGAACAGUGAGACUCUGCUGAGUGGUGACCCGGGAAGCCCAUACUCGCCUGUACAAGGCCAGGCCCAGAACUUCUCACCCACCAAGUCUCAGACCCCCAGCUCCAUAUCAGGGACCAUUAGUCCCCAGGGUCAAAUUGUAGUUCCAGCAUCGGCCCUGCAGCAAGGAAACGUUACCGUGACAACUGUCAACCCCACCCAGGUGGUCGCAGGUAUGUCAUCUUGGCGUACGACCCCUUCCUCAGGCGGGACUGUGUACCAGCCAGUCACAGUUGUAACUCCUCAGGGCCAGGUGGUAACACAGGCUCUUUCUCCCGGGACAAUACGCGUCCAGAACAAUCAGCUUCAGCUGCAGUUUCACCAGGACUUGAACCUCUUUAGUCAUGAGGACAACUCAACCAAGAACAAGCGCGGCGUUCUUCCAAAGCAUGCCACAAAUGUCAUGCGCUCAUGGCUCUUCCAGCACAUCGGGCAUCCGUAUCCCACAGAGGAUGAAAAGAAGCAGAUUGCUACUCAAACAAACCUGACACUUCUGCAGGUCAACAACUGGUUUAUAAAUGCACGGAGACGGAUCCUGCAGCCCAUGUUGGAUGCCAGCUCUUCAGAGACACCCAAAGCCAAGAAAAAGACACCUCAAAACCGGCCACUGCAGCGCUUCUGGCCUGAUUCCAUCGCAGCAGGAGGAGGGGCCAUGCCUGAUGGUACAAUGGUGACGAUGAACGUGGAGGGUCUGCAGAGCCUGACAUCAGACGGUGCCACGCUGGCAGUACAGCAGGUGAUGCUGGGAGGCCACAGUGAAGACGAGUCGGGGGACAGCGUAGAUGAGGACAAUGACGCGGACAUGGCGGGGCUGGGCCUGGACAAUAGCAACUCAUUGCAGUAGAGGACAAGCACCGCCCACACGCAGAGGACACACAAAAUGAGUUCGACAGAACAGAGGUGCGUCCGUUUGAUUUCCACAGAGCACAGGACACACUGGGAUGGACCCUGCACUCUUCCAAGCCUCCACCCUGCUGAACGGCGGUUGUUGCUGCACGUGUAUGUCAGGAGUGUCAUUUCACAAACAGUUUUUUAUUGUAUAAAUGAUGUAGGUGAGUGCACUUUUUGUAUAUUUAAGCUCAAAAAGAUGAAAUCAAACUGAAAAAAAACCAAGUGUUAAAAACACCUGAGACAAGUUUGUAUACUCCGUUAAUAAACGUUGACUUUUUUUGUCCCCGCCCCCGUCCCCCCCUGCUCCCAGCUAGAUUGUCAUUUUGGAUGAGACCACUUCUGUCUUGUUCUUGUGUCUCUGGUUUGUCUUGACUUUUGCAUGCUUGUGUUUUAAGUAGACGUGUGUGCUCUUAUGACUGACUCCAUGGCUCACACUGCCCCCUGCAGGCAGAGUAGAGCACAGGUGGAGAGAUUAAAAGUAAAUUAGAGGAGAGAUGCUUAUUUUUCUAUACAAACAUAUGAAAUGAGUGGUUUUUUUUUGUUUGUUUGUUUUUUGGUUUCAUUUUUGUGUUCUCCUGUUUUGUAAGAAAUAUUUAUGUACAGAUUCAUAAUAAAUGCUGUGACCCUGUUUUCCAGGGUUCUUUUGAAGUUUUCUAAAAAACAGAAAAAGGAAUUGAAUGCUGAUGAAAAUUACUAUUUAAAUUGGUUUUAAGCUUAAAAUAUUAACAAGGCCUUAUCUGUGUUCUUUUCUAAAAUAAAUCUUACCAAGAAGCACAAAAAGGAAGUAUGACCCUUGGAGAAAUUGGCCAAAAAGACACUAAACAGUGGAACACUUGUGGCUCCUUAAAGCAUAUUUUUACUUUGUGUACUGCAGUAUCACAGGAACCCUCUCCAGCAGCAAAGCGACUGCAGCGUUCCCGUCUUUGUUUGGCCCACAAUGUGUAUACCAUACAUUGUCUUUUAACCAUUUUACAGUAGUAGCAUAGGUGUCACUUUCUAAAAUGCACAAUCCAGAACACUAUGCUAACCACACAAUCAGGAGGGGUUACGGACUCCAUCAAUAAGAAGCAGUGGACUUUUUGCACGCAUUUAGCUUUUAUUUUAUGUACACGCUACAUACAUGCUGUUGCAUUGAAAACAGAGCAGCUGGAAACUUGGAGUCAUUGCCCUCCUGAAGGAAUGAUCCCCAAGGGCUGCAGCUGCGACCAUGACCCCCCGCCCCACCCACACACACACACACACACACACACACACACACACACACACACACACACACACACACAGUGAAGGAUCUGAAAGCUCCAUCAGUUUGACAUUACUGCACAUAAUGGGGUGCCUCUUGUUUAAAUAACUGUAAUGCUGUACUGUAAAACAGUUGUUUGUAAGUAGUUGCAGUAACUUGGUUUUUAUCCUUCUUGUAAAGUUAACUUUGUUCAUUUGAUUCAGCCUGAGGGUUUAAUGGCUACGCGUUGCCCUCGCUGAACUCUGUCACCUCUGUCUAGCUUUUUAUGAAGCAUUCACUUUUCUCUUGUACUUCUCGCUCGUCUGUUUUGCCUUAGAGCUUUCUAUUUUGGAAUAAAUGAUGCCUAACUCUGCUG